UAAAUCCGGCCUAGGAGACACGCAAGGUUUGCCCAACCAAUUAGUCUAACGGAGCAGUUAGAAAUCUUUCUUCUCCAGUUCUAUCUAAUCGAAUGGCUACUUCAUCUUCGAGACCAAGGUUGAGCGGGCCAGUCUUACGCUCGCUAUCCCCGUCAGGGAGAUUCCAUAGCUCGCAGACAAACAAGGCGUUAUCCAGGUCUUCGUCUUCCUCAUCAUCUUUUGCUUCUUCGACGAGCUCGAGCUUCUCUUCACCGUCGUUAACAUUCUUUGACCACCAUCACCACCAGAGAUCCGCCUCUCCCACUCGCGUCAAUCUUUGCACGUCCAAUCCUGUAGUUCACCCAUUUCGCUUUUCUAUUAAAAGAUCCAUCUCUCCAAACCGCUCCAUCUCUGUAUCCAAACAUAGCAAUCCCCUCUCCCUCCCCCCCAAGAGGACUUGUAUGUGCUCGCCAACCACGCAUCCAGGCUCUUUUCGCUGUAGUUUGCAUAAGAACAGUCAGAAUGCUCAUGCUAAUUAUACGGCGUCAUAUCCUUCGAAUCGAUUGAACAUGCGGAGAUCGGCAAUGACCAACUCGCUUGUCAGGAUCGGAGGUGUUGAAGGAGACUGGGUUACGAGAGCGUUGACAGCUCUGAUUCGCCCUUCUUCUCAUCAACAAAGGAGGAGAGCAGCGUUCCAGCCGAGACCGAGUCGGCUUUCGGUUAUGUCCGAAAGCUGAGGAUGUUUUUAAUGUGGGAUUGGAUUUUGUAUAUAAAGUUACAGGUUGGUUUCUGAGUCAAACUCGCGUGACAGUUUAGUUGUAUCUGCGGCGAGGCGACCGAGUCUCAGCCCGGCGAAUCUGAGGCUUGAAGACUCUGGAAAAGUUUUGGGAGAGGGAAGAGAAUUCAUUUUGUACAUAAUCAUUUGCUAUGGAAGGAGAUUUUCAGACAUAUAAUUGAAUUCAUUGAAUCCAAAUUUGAUUAUAAACAUGAAAUCGGGAUUCAAAACGGUUAAUAAUAUGGACUAAUUCGAACUUCGGUUUGCAUUUGCAAAGACUUGCUCGGAGUUUUGAUCUAAAGUGAGUGUGACAGAGCAAAUUCGUUUUCCGUUUUGCAGCGUUUGGUGUUCACCAUCUACGUUAACGUUGCGUUGAUGCCUCGGUUAGGCGUCGAGGGUGGUGUUCACCGUUACCAUUAGUGCGUCGUCUGUUCUGUUCUGGAAUUGCGUUUCGUCGAGUGUAAGGUAUUUUCUUUGGUUCUUUCAUGCGCAGGUC